UCAGCAGGCCGCCGACGAACAGAUGCUAGCCGCUGAAGAAAGAGAGGAAGGACCGCUCGUAAAUUGUCCCCAAAAGACGAAGAGUGGUACUAGUAGCCAAGAAUGAGCGUCACGUUUAAUUUUUUGGGUGUGUCAGUUCUUGCUCUGCUGUUAGCAGGCUACCUGGGACAGCAUUUUCUACCACCCCCCAAACCAAGAAUUGUUGGUAUAGACCUAGGUACAACCUACUCAUGUAUUGGAGUCUACCAUGCUGUAACUGGAGAUAUUCAGGUGUUUGCUGAUGAUUUGCAUCAAACUAUUCCAUCCAUGGUGGCUUUCACUCCAGAUGGUUCUAAACUCAUUGGGCAUGAUGCGUUAUGCCAAGCUGAACAAUACACACAGAAUACAAUAUAUGAUGCUAAACGCUUCAUUGGCAAGACGUUUGAUGAGGAGAGUUUGAGGAAACAGGCUGCCAGAUAUCCAUUCAAGGUGAAGUUGAAGAAUGGAAUGGCCAGGUUUGAAGUGAAUUCAGAUGAAGUGACUCCUGAAUAUGUUGGGUCUUGUAUUGUGUCAGAACUAAAGACUACUGCAGAGCGUAAUUUGGGCUUCAAAGUGAAUAAAGUUGUCUUAUCAGUGCCAGCAGAAUUUGAUGAAAUGCAGCGGAAUUAUACCAGGAAGGCUGCAGAGUUAGCAGGACUUGAAGUGAUGCGAAUGAUUAAUGAGCCGACAGCAGCAGCUAUGGCAUAUGGACUACACAAACAGAAAGGUGUAUCUAACAUUAUUGUGGUUGACAUGGGAGGAGGUACUCUAGAUGUAUCACUACUUACUGUGUAUGGAGGAAUGUUUCAAACAAUAGCUAUGGCUGGCAAUAACCAUCUUGGUGGGCAAGAUAUUAACCAACGUCUAAUGGAGUAUUGCUGUGAUCUAAUCUUCAAGCGGUACGGACAGUUAUUAGAAAACCCGUUGGAUUUACAACGAGUACGCCUUGCGGUAGAAGAAGCUAAGAUAAAUUUGACAACUCAUCACUCGGUGCUUCUGAAAAUUCCAUUAACAUCCCUGAAUGUAAAAACCAUGUUUGUUGAACAACUAACCAGAGAAACAUUUGACACUUUAAAUGAGGAACUGUUCAAGAAGGUGCUUCAGCCUAUCCAACUAGUUUUAGAUGAUGUUGAAAUGUCUACUACUGAUAUAGAUGAAGUGGUAUUAGUUGGAGGCUCAACACGCAUUCCACGUGUUCGUCGGCUUGUAGCUGAUUUCUUUAAUAAGGAACCUAAUGUAGAAAUUGAUCCAGAGUUAGCAGUAGUGUACGGUGUGUCCAUACAAGCUGGUAUUAUUGGAGGAAUGUGGCCAGUACAGGUUAGUGCAAUAGAAAUACACGGUCGCAAAGUCAGGAAAAUUCAGGUACAGUAGCUAGAAACAAAACAAACUUACACACAAGUUUUAUUUUAAGUAAGAUUUAAAGUAUUUAUGGUGUAAGAAGUAAGAUCUGAAUAGGUUUAUGGGUAACAACGAUGUCACUAGGAUAAGUGCUUGUCAGAUGAAGAGCUAUGGUUGAGAUAUAGACUCAAUGGUUGAGAUAUAGACUCAAUGGUUGAGAUAUAGUCUCAAUGGUUGAGAUAUAGCAUCGAGAUAUAGUCUCAAUGGUUGAGAUAUAGUCUCAAUAAUUGAGAUAUAGUCUCAAUGGUUGAGAUAUAGUCUCAAUGGUUGAGAUAUAGUCUCAAUGGUUGAGAUAUAGUCUCAAUGGUUGAGAUAUAGUCUCAAUGGUUGAGAUAUAGUCUCAAUGGUUGAGAUAGUCUCAAUGGUUGAGAUAUAGUCUCAAUGGUUGAGAUAUAGUCUCAAUGUUUCAAACUGCACUUUGUUGGUGUUGCUCCUGGAGAUGAGAAAAGCACACUGUCUCCAUGAGACUUGCCAAUCUCAACCCUGGCUCUUCUCAAAACUACUUCCACAAAUGGUUUUAUUCACAUUCUCCAGUAAGUACCGAGUAUACAGUACUAACACACAUUGGUGAUUGGUAAAACAAAGAAUUCAUAUUCUUUAUCCCGGUGCAAAUUUCCAUCCAUAAAACUAUCAAGUUAUGUAUCAUUACCAUAUUAUUUAAACACUGCAGCAUUUAAAAGCACAUUGACUGAAAUGUCUUCACGUAGAGAGAAGAUGAAAUUAUGAUACAAUACUUAUGUACAGGGUUCUAAGCCAUUGUUGAUUCAUUUCAAGACAUUUAUUUCCAUUCCAACAGAUAAUUAAAAUAGCAAUCACAAAGAACAGUAGUGAGGAGAAUUGGAAAUGGGGGCAUAAUCAGAAAAGUUCAAGCUUGUGGUAGACAUGCACAGACCAACAAAAACACAAAUGGACUAUCGUUAACAUUAAUAAGUAUAGUGAGAGUAGGUACGAUAUGUAAUUAACACUGAAUAAACUCUAUGUAAACUUAACCCAUAUCCGCUAAAGCAUUUAUUUACAAAUAAGGCUGUAUGUGCGUACAUGUAAGCCGUUGCACAUACGUGUAUUGUUUAUUCAUGCAUCUGGAAACAUUUAUGUAAUAAACAAUGUGAUCACUGACCGAAACACUUUGUAAUAUACCUUUGGAAAGAGGACAAAAUUCUCUUCAAUCGUCUCACUUUAUAGGUGCCCUAAUGGUUUAAAGUUACAGGAAAAAACAAGAAAAUUAGAUACUUGGGGAAAAAAAGGUUGCUUCUCAGACAAUAAAAAUACUGGACACAAACCAAACUUGACAAGAGUAUCAUGGCUGGAAAGAGUGUUUCCUUAGCUUCAAAAUAAUACAUAACUUGUCAACAUGUUCCAUUCUGACGAUGAUGGAGGACGUUCCACUCUAUCAAUAACCUAACAUUUUCCUCAGAAAAUUUUCUCUGUCUAAUAUGGCAAAAACUCACAUCAAAACAGUGCAACCCUUGUGCUGUGGACUUCACCUCUUCCGCUGGAAAUUUAGACUAUUCAGCCCAAAUAUUUAUCAAAAUUGACAUGAAACUCAGCGAAACAUGUCUGAUUGUAGCGUGUAUUGAAAGCAAAGGAUUGUGGGAUACAUUUCUGGUAUAAAAAUAGUCUGUAGGGGUAACGAAUGACGAGUAUAUCAAGCAAAAAAUCACUACGGAAAAUCAUGUAGCUCAGCUUUUGUAGCGUUUGCUUGGCUACGUAUUAUUACAUAGCUCGGCAGAUAUGGGUUAAGUGACUGAAGAGAGAUGCAACUUGGGGUUAAGUGUAGAGGCACAAUUAACAAUAAUACAGGGUAUACAUGUAAAGUCAAGAAAUCAAAAUAAGGUCAAAACUAAAGAGGAUGUUGAUGGUUAACGUUAUGCCUAAUGAUGAGGAAGUGUAUAAGUGUUGGGGUCGAGCGGUUAAGAGCACCGCAUUCAAACUCUGCUGUUUCUGAUCAGCAGAGUGUAGGUUCGAAUCCCCAGCU